AUGGGCUCGUUUGGCACGGGAGUGAGCGGUGUUAAUUACACAGAAGUAGCUGAUGUGCUCCAACCAGAAGAUCCAUUUUCCGGACCCGUGAAAUCCAUUGCUCCGUGGAACUUUAAAGUGCUGGCAGCAUGGAUGGUCGUGAUCACGUCGCUGUCUCUGUCCGAGAACUUUCUGGUUAUGUUGGUUACCUACAAGUUUAAACAACUUAGACAGCCGUUAAACUUUCUCAUUGUUAAUUUAUCGCUGGCAGACUUUUUCAUGUCACUGAUCGGUGGGACUUUAAGUGUUGUCACAAAUUACCGUGGCUAUUUUUUCUUGGGGUCCUGGGCGUGCGUGCUGGAGGGAUUUGCGGUCACUUUUUUCGGUAUAGUGGGUAUGUGGUCCCUGGCUACCCUUGCAUUUGAGAGAUACUUUGUUAUCUGUCGUCCAUUGGGAAAUGUCCGUCUGCAGGUCAAACAUGCAGUACUGGGACUGCUGUUUGUCUGGACCUUCUCUUUUAUCUGGACCAUCCCACCUGUACUGGGCUGGAGCAGCUACACAGUCAGCAAGAUCGGCACCACCUGCGAACCCAACUGGUACUCUGGUGACCCGCAUGACCAUACUUUCAUUAUCACGUUCUUUGUCACCUGUUUCAUCUUGCCUCUGGCUGUGAUCAUUGUGUGUUACAGUAAAUUGCUGCGCAAGCUGAGAAAGGUGUCCAACUCUCAUGGCAGGUUGGUGAAUGCCCGGAAGCCUGACCGACAGGUGUCUCAUAUGGUAGUGGUGAUGAUUGUAGCCUUCGUGGUGGCCUGGACACCAUACGCACUGUUCUCUUUCAUCGUUACUGUUCACCCCACCAUCUACUUAGACCCUAUAAUGGCUGCUGUUCCUGCUUUCUUUGCAAAAACUGCUGCUGUCUACAACCCCAUCAUCUACGUCUUUAUGAACAAACAGUUCAGGAAGUGCCUGGUUCAACUGCUCAGCUGCAGCGGCAACACCACAGUAGAGGUGAACCAGUCUACUGACCGAGCAGGCAUGAUCGGUGUCCUGCGAUGUACUGGCAUGGUCCCACCUUGCUCCCAGGAUUCCUGGGAUAGGCUCCGGAUCUACUUUGACCCUGCCCAGGAUAAAGCGAUUACUGAAGAUGAAUGAAUGAAUGAUGUUUAUUUAAAUUUAAUGUAGAAUUUAGGUUUAGCAGUUAUUUUAGCUCUAUAACAUUGACUCAAUGUUAUACUUUAAUAUAUAUUAUGCUUAAUGUAUUUUCUUC